UGAUUCGACGUGUUAUCAAUUUUCAGGUAUCCAACACUACCCUUACCAUGAGUCGCAAUAUUACGAGGGGAUUCCAAACCGCCUCUUCCACUUUUAUUCGGUAUGCUGGUUCUCAGCUUGAGGAGCUUGUAACCACAAACGGCCCUGAUGGCCCUGCAUGGUCGCACAUGACGGACACCGUCUGUCAUGAAAUUGAGAAAGCUGACUCACGGAUUACUGUGGCAGACAUUCAGGGUUCUAGGGCUCACAAAUCUUCUAAAGAUAGGGAGGAUAAGGAGAAUGUCAUAACAGUUGGGUUGCAAACAAACUCAGGCACACGUAUUGGCUCGCUUCAUGUACAUCUCAAUGGCACUUUCAAAUUUUUCGCGUCUCGCGCAGGAAGGGAGGGAGGGUAUGCCGACAAGAUUGCACAGGCCAAUAUUCCAGGUUACAUAUCUAGUAUGGAAGAGCGAGAAGAGUAGUAGAAUCGGCUGUUAAUGGCAGAUGGUUACUGACUGGAUAUAUUGUUGGAUGCGUAUUGAUUAA